AUGGGCAGCAUUGGAACAGGUCCGGUGGACCUCUCCCACCACAUCAAUCGGAAGAGCAAGGCUCGCCAUCCGUCGCCAUUGAAAGAUAUCAUCAAGUUUAUGGGCCAGGAUGGGAUGAUUAGUCUGGCUGGAGGCCUCCCCCAUCCCUCGCUCUUCCCCCUCCACGGGGCAAGAUUCGACUGUCUUCCUCCGUCAUCGUCAAUGCCAGACGUUGACAACGGCGAUCUAGCUGAUGAUCUGAUAUCCCUCACGCUCGGUCGGGGUUCGAACCCGGGUGACCUUGAUCUGACCCAGUUCCUGCAAUACGGUACCACCCCGCCUUCGCAUCCGAAAUCAGACGAGUCUAACUGUGCUAUAUCAGGCUCCGGCACAGGAAACAAACAACUUCUAACCCUCUGCAAAGAGCUAACGGACGUCGUGCACUCCCCACCCUGCGAAUACGAAUGCCUCCUGCACCCGGGCAAUACAAACGCCUGGGCCAAGGUCGUAGGCAUGCUCUGCGAGGACGACGACUUCGUUCUCGUGGAAGAGUACACCUACCCGUCUGCGCAGGCGCUCUGGAUUCCACUGGGUGUGAGGGCUGUCCCUGUUUCCGCGGAUGCCCAGGGAAUUUCGGCGAGCGUGCUUAGGGAUACGCUUGCCGGUUGGGAUGGGGAGGCUAGGGGGGCGAGGAGGCCGAGGGUGCUGUACCUUGUCGCCGUGGGUUCCAACCCAACAGGCCUCUCCAUCUCAACGGAACGAAGGAAGGAGAUAUACGAUGUCUGCGUUGAGUUCGGUACGCACCCUAAACCCCAGGCCUCUGUCCCCAACCGCCCUAACGAGUCAAUAGACAUCAUCCUCGUCGAAGACGACCCCUACUACUUCCUCCAAUACCCCUCCUACAACCCUUCCCACACCACCCAAGAAUUCACCCCCCUCUCCACACCCACCUUCCUACAAACCCUAACCCCCUCCUUCCUCUCCCUCGACACGCAAGGCCGCGUAAUCCGGCUCGAAUCUUUCUCCAAAACCCUCUUCCCCGGCCUACGACUAGGCUAUUUCAUCGCAAACCCCCUCUUCACCGAACGUCUCCUGCGCGCCACAGAAGUCGAAACGCAGGACCCCGCCGGCCUAAGCCAAGCAUUCAUCCUGGCCCUGCUGAGGAAAUGGGGCGUUGACGGGUAUCUGCAGUGGCUGCAGCGCCUGCAAGAGGAGUACCGCGUUCGACGGGAUUGGCUGGUGCGUGCGUUCUACAAGUCCUUCGUCGUCCUUCCAGCGGCGGAAUCACCGCUCCCCAACGCUGAGGGGUUCGUUGCGUGUCUUGAGUCCGCCACCGGCCUAAAGCCCGUCUUCAGCUUCAUUGACCCGGAAGCCGGGAUGUUCGUGUGGUCGAAGUGGUACUUUUCCGGCGUGAAACGGUUCAGCGUGCUCUCGUCUGAUUCUGGAAAUGUCGACCCCGAGCAGAUGUUCGCGACGGAGCUCUGGGAGGCGCUGGCGGCUGAGCUGGUUUUGCUGACGCCCGGCUCGUACUAUCACCCGUGGCAGGGGGGUGAUAAGGUUAGCACGAGGGAGAGGGGGGCGGAGGAGGGCACGGCGCAUUUCAGGUUCUCGUUUGCGACGCCGACGGAGGAGCAGAUUGGGCUUGCGGUUGAGAGGGUGAGGAGGGUUGUUGAGAGGUUUUGGGUCUAG